AGAACUACAAUUACCAUGAACAACCUGGGAAUGAGCUUCCCGCUUGUGAUUGGACGGUGGCCGGCGAUGGGUUACGUGGCAUUGGAGUCGCUGCGCAUGCGCAGUGCGCGUUUCCCCGGCAGUGUCACGAUGGCGGCAGUCAGAAUGCAGUUUACACUUUAUUUGGUGUUGUUGUUAAACAUUUACAGCAGUUUUGUGUCUGCGUUGUAUUUUCAUAUCGGCGAGACUGAAAAGAAAUGCUUCAUAGAAGAAAUACCGGACGAAACCAUGAUAAUAGGUAACUACCGGACGCAGCUCUAUGACAAGCAGAGAGAAGAGUAUUUGCCUGCGACUCAAGGACUUGGGAUGUUUGUGGAAGUGAAAGACCCCGAUGAGAAGGUGAUCCUGUCCCGCCAGUAUGGAUCUGAGGGCAGGUUUAUCUUCACCUCCCACACACCCGGAGAGCAUCAGAUCUGCUUGCACUCAAAUUCCUCCAAAUUUGCUCUUUUUGCUGGAGGGAUGCUUCGUGUUCACCUGGACAUCCAAGUUGGUGAGCAUACAAACAACUAUGCAGAAAUCGCAGCCAAAGACAAGCUGACGGAGCUGCAGCUGAGGGUGCGCCAGCUGAUGGAGCAGGUGGAUCAGAUCCAGAAAGAGCAGAACUAUCAGAGGUAUCGUGAGGAGCGCUUCAGACAGACCAGCGAGAGCACCAAUCAGAGGGUGCUGUGGUGGUCUAUCGUCCAGACGCUGAUCCUGGUGGCCAUCGGGUUUUGGCAAAUGAGACAUCUGAAGAGCUUCUUUGAGGCCAAGAAAUUAGUAUAGAACUGUAUUCCGAUUUUUUU